AUGGCAAGUCAAGAAACAGUGUCUGAGGCAUCCGUAUGCUCCAACUCAAAACUAGAGGCACUCAACAACUUUCUAAUGUUUUCUGGGGCAAGUCCUGUUAAAGAGCAUAAAGAGCAGAUAACAUCAGCAAGCUACAGAACACAACAGCGGUAUAUUGCGAAGGCAAAAGAAUGUAUUGAACAUCUCUUUUCAACAAUCUGCCCAGGGGAUGAAGGUUUUUUAAGAUCAGCUGUAUUUGGUGUGAACAGUGUGCAAGAAGACAUAACAAGGUCAACAACCCUUGACACACUGGUAGAUAUAUACAAUAGUGCUGAGUCAUGGACACUUCAACGACAAAUUUUGUCGAUAAUUAUUCAGCAGCACAGCUUUGAUAGUAUUCAAAAGCUUAUACCUGAUGUGACCAGAUAUAAAUAUGACAAAGCUAGGGAACAUAGUGAAGCUUUUGGAGUUGGUGAGCCUGUUAGACCAUUUAAACAGAGCAGAGAGAAGUUUGAUGCUGACCAGUUAGACCACUUUAUAGAUUUUAUCACAAAUGGCCAUGUUAUAAAAGACCAACCACUUGGUGAGAAGACACUGAAAUUAACAACAGGUGAAAUUAUAAAGAUUCCAAGUGUCAUCAGAAGCCUUACUCCAACAAGUGUUAUCCAACAAUACAUUGCCUUGUGCAAGGAAGAAAAUGUUAAACCCUUAGGAACAAGUACCAUGUAUAAACUCUUAGAUGAUUGUUCUGCCAUGCUAAGGAGAAGCGUAGAAGGGCUGGACAAUUUUGUAAUGGACGGAUGUAGAGCAUUUCAGGAACUGGAAAGCACGCUAGAUUGUUCCCAGUUACCGCAAUCAGCACUGAUUCAUCUGAGAGAAGGGUUGCGGCAUGCAAAAAGAUAUCUUAAGUCGGAGUUUAAGAUGCAUGUGGAAAAGGAAAGCUCUGUUCCAGACCACUGUAUCUCAUAUGCUCUCAGUAUUACUGGAGAUGAAUGCUUUGGAGAAGUAUGUCUUCAUGAUGAGCAUAACCAUAACAGUAUUUGUAUAGACUGUGAAAAGAUGGACAAUACUCUCAAUCAGAUGAAGACAUUUGCAGAGUCCCAAACAUGGAGAAAUGAAGAUGCCACAAUGUAUAUGGUUGAAGAAGCAAUCAUUGCCAUAAGGAAGUGGAAAGCACAUAUAUUAAGAUCAAAAAACCAGGAGAGAGCUCGAAAAUUCAUCACAGAUCAAAUGACAGAUGAGGAUGUUUUAGUGACAUGUGAUUGGGCAAUGAAAUUUUUACCCAAAAAAUACAGAGAAGGCCAAAUUGAUUGGUUUGCCAAGCGUGGAAUAAACUGGCACAUUUCAGUAUCCCUGUUAAAGAAAGCAUCCAGUUUUUCAACUGUAACACAUGUACAUCUGUUUGAAUCUCCAACUCAGCAGGAUGCUUCAGUCACCACCAACAUUUUAAUAGAUGUUGCGAAAGAUCUGAUGAAAUGUAAACCAACUCUAAAGAAUAUCCACUUUGUAUCGGACAAUGCUGGCUGUUAUAAGAGUUCAUCAACCCUGGUAAUGUUACAUAAGGAGUUACCAGAGAAUGUUAAGUCCUACAACUUUUCAGAAGCACAAAACGGAAAAGGCCCAUGUGAUAGACGUGCAGCUCACAUAAAAGGGGUAAUCAGGAGGUAUAUCAAUGAGGGUCAUGAUGUGACAACAGCUACACAAAUGAAACUGGCUAUUGAUAGAGAGGAGAAAGAAGAGUUGAAAGUGAAAGUAGUUUCAACUGUAAAUUUAGUAGAUUUGAAACCAAAUAAAGUCUCCAUCCCAGCCAUUUCAACAUUGUACAAUUUCUGCUACAACAGUGAAGGUCUCAAUGUUUGGAAGGCAUUUUCUGUUGGAAAAGGAAAAAUGCUUCCUUGGAGUGCAUUAGGUCUUCCAACAAAAUCCACUGAGUUGAAAACCAUUUUGGACUGGAAAGAAGACGGCAUAUGUGAAAGGAACUUGAUCAUUGAAAAUUCCAUGGAGGAGACUAAAGAGGAAUCGGCAAAGAGGAUAUUCCAAUGUCCAAAGGAAAACUGUUAUAAAUCAUUUUCAACUCCACAAGCUGUUGAUUCUCAUAUCCUUUUAGGAGACUGUUCAGGAGUGUACAUCAAAAGAAACCUGUAUGACUCGGCAAAAGUUUUGUAUGCUGGGAAGUUACAAAAUCUGUUUCCUUCUAAAGAAGUUUCUAUGCCAGCGGAAACAAAUCCUGAGGAAAAUGCUAAUUUAAAACUAAAAGAAGGAUGGGCAAUGAAAGAAAGUAAAAAGAAAAGUUUGUUUAAUGAAAGACAGAAGGAAUUUAUAAAAGAAAAAUUUGCCAUAGGAAAGGUUACAGGAAAUAAGGUUGAUCCAUUCUUGGCAGCUAAGGAAAUGAGGGAGAUGGGAUCGUUUACAAGAGAAGAAUUCUUAACAGGUCAGCAGAUUGCUUCUUACUUCUGUCGUCUCCAUGCUGCAGACAGGAAUAUUUCUUCAGAAGAUUAUGCAUCAGCUAAAGCUGAACAAGAAGACGAGGACAUGCGCUCCUCAGUGAAGAAAAUUUUAUUUAAGGAGUAG